CGCAAGCGAAAGACUUAAAACUGGCAGCUUGCCUGUUUCGCAACCAGUGCAAUCGAUCGCUGAUAUGCCAAUGCAAAAUGCGUCGAUCGACCCGACAGGACCUCUCUGAGUUGACUCACGAUCUGGAGGUCAGGCCCGAUGCGAAUCAUGGCUGCCCCGAGAAUCCAACCAAUGGAGUCAGUCUCGCUUUCCCUGAGGGUGGCCGUGAGGCAUGGAUGUGCCUAUUGGGAUCCUGUCUGAUGAUGUUUCCAUCUUUUGGUUUCCAAACGGCAGUUGGCUCCGUCCAGGACUACAUCAGCACGAACCAACUCGUCGACUACACUAUUCGUGAUGUUGGCUGGAUCACGGCCAUCUUAGUGUUUCUGACUUUAUUUCUUGGAGUCCAAGUGGGACCUCUGUUUGAUCGCUAUGGACCUCGAAUUCUGUUGACUUGUGGUUCGGCAGCCAGCUUUACUUCUUACAUACUACUCGCAGAAUGCACGAAGUAUUGGCAUUUCAUUCUGUGCCUGUCCAUCCUGGGUGGUGUCGCAUCAGCUAUCAUUACAACUGUGUCAAUUGCUGUUUUGAGCCAUUGGUUUCAGCGCCGACGCGCUCUGGCCUCCGGUAUCUGUAUGGGGGGAUCAUCGGCCGGAGGUGCUAUCCUGCCAUUGGUGUUACGGACGCUGUUCUCGCGUUAUGGCUGGACGUGGUCUAUUCGGGUAAUCGCCUUCACAGCCUUAGGAUGCUAUCUGGUAGGGAUCGCAUUGGUGAAAGGCCGGCUACCACCUGGCAACGCCGGCAAAGCGACGAUUGACUUUCGGGCGUUCCGGUCCCCUCGUCUCUGUUUCUUGACCAUCGCUGUCUUCGCCUUCGAAUUCAUCAUCUUCGGCUGUGCUGCACUUUUACCGACGUAUGUGCGCUUCGCUGGGCUCUCAUCGGAUGUGCAAUUCUAUUCCCUUACAGUAUUGAAUAGCAUGAGCUUACUUGGGAGAGUUCUCCCUGGCUUCGCGGCCGACCAAGUCGGGCGGUUUAACAUUCUUUUGUGUUUGGUGAUCACCACUUUGCUGGUCAUGGCAGCAGUGUGGCUCCCCUUUGGGUCCCGCGAUGAAGCCACACUCUACGCCGUCGUGGCUAUCUUUGGAUUCGGCUCCGGCGGAUGGCUGUCACUUGCGCCUGUCUGUGCCGGCCAGCUUUGCAGGACCGAGGAAUACGGACGAUUUUACGGCACCGUCUAUUUCGUGGCUUCAUUCGGGGUAUUGCUGACAGCCCCGGUGGGGGGAGAUCUGCUUCAAUCGACCACGCCUCAGGUUCUCAUUGGGUUCUAUUCGGCAGUCCUCCUGGUCGGACUCAUUGGUCUUGCCUUGUCUCGAUGGGCUCUCUUAGACUGGAAUUGGAAAUGGAAGGUUAAGGUAUAG